GUAGUGGCGCGGAAAAGGCGGAGUUUGAGCCAAAAUGAGGGAAAAUAAGAACAUGUCCGAGACCCCCUCUCAAGCGGGAAAAGAAAUACCGGCGAAAAAACAAAAACUUAGCAGUGACGAGAACAGUAACCCCGAUUUAUCAGGAGACGAGAAUGAUGAUGCUGUCAGUGUUGAGAGUGGGACCCACGCAGAGCGCCCAGACACCCCCACCAACACGGCCAACGCCCCGGGCAGAAAGAGCUGGGGCAAGGGCAAGUGGAAGUCCAAGAAGUGCAGAUAUUCUUUUAAAUGUGUAAACAGCCUGAGGGAAGACCACGGACAGCCGCUGUUUGGCGUCCAGUUUAACUGGCACAGCAAGGAGGGAGACCCGCUGGUGUUUGCCACAGUGGGGAGUAACAGGGUAACUCUUUAUGAAUGUCACUCUCAGGGAGAAAUAAGACUAUUGCAGUCUUACGUGGAUGCAGAUACAGAUGAGAACUUCUAUACGUGUGCCUGGACCUACAACACCAACACAAACCAUCCUCUGCUGGCCGUGGCCGGGUCCCGCGGAAUCAUCCGGGUGAUCAACCACAUCACAAUGCAGUGUAUCAAGGUACAGCUCGUCGGGGUUUGCAGUAGUUUGGAUCACCUAGCACACAUCUGUCUGAACACACACAUAAUACUCCAUAUAAAUGUCUCUUAGAAACAUAGCACAGCAAGUAAGGACAUUUGUAUUUGGUAGAUUCUUUCUUUGUUGUAACAAUGCCCCUUGGCAUUAAAUCAGUAUUGUCUGAAUAACACUCCCAUUAUGUGCAAUGUCCAUACUGAUCGCGUUGCCUCUUUGAACUGCACUGUUAGUGUAAAGUUGUAUUAGCCUACUGCUUUAUUGUAUCUUUGUAACUCUGGCACAACA